GAUUUGGAAGUAAUUCUGUUCGUUAUAUUAGCGCAUCGAGAAUUAAGCAGCAGAGCUGACGAAUCGAUUAAUGGCAACUGCUUCGAUCCUCGAAGCGGUUUCAUUUGUGAGAGAGUCGAAGCCUCCAUAUUUUAAAUGGAAUCCUCUGCUACAGAGUUUCCCACCUCAGGUAUCUUUUGGGUUGAAGAAGAACAAUGGACGCUUCUUCAGAACCUCUCGAUUAAGCGUUAAAUGCGCGUUGGGCUCGAAGAAAUGGAUGAUAGUGCCGGUGAAUGGAGAGGAAAAUCGAAACCCGUUUGAAGGAGUUGUAGUGGCCGUCUUAAAGACCAUAAAGGCAUUACAGAAACCAGCUAUUGCUGCGGUGGUGUUAGGGUUACUGCUGACGUAUGAUCCGCAUUCAGCUUUAGCGGCUUCAGGGGGAAGGAUGGGAGGACGGUCGUUCUCGUCGCACUCGUCUUCUUCUUCGUCGAGGAGCUAUUCGACACGGACGGCAAGCCCAAGUUUUUCUUACUCGGCUCCGUAUUAUGCGCCUACGCCGUUUGGUGGUGGGGGAUUUUAUGCAGGCCCGGCGUUUGGAGUUGGGGUGGGUGCCGGUUCGGGUUUCUUUUUUAUUUUAAUGGGUUUCGCUGCAUUUAUUUUGGUGUCGGGAUUUCUUUCUGAUCGUUCAGAGGAUAGUGUUCUUACUGCUACCCAGAAAACAAGUGUUCUCAAGCUUCAGGUAGGAUUAUUGGGCAUGGCACGAUCGCUUCAAAGAGAUCUUGAUCGGAUUGCCGAAACUGCAGACACGUCCACGUCGGCGGGUUUGAGUUAUGUAUUGACAGAGACCACAUUAUCUCUACUUCGGCAUCCUGAUUAUUGCAUCUCAGGUUAUUCAUCUGUGGAUGCGAAGCGAAGCAUUGAGGAUGGAGAGAAGAGAUUCAAUCAACUUUCCAUUGAAGAAAGAGGGAAAUUUGAUGAAGAGACACUUGUCAAUGUGAACAACAUCAAAAAGCAAAGCAGAACAAGCCAAAGGGCUAGUGGAUUCAGUAAUGAAUACAUAGUGAUAACAAUAUUGGUGGCUGCGGAAGGAGUUCAUAAGCUACCUGCCAUUAAUGGUAGUGUGGACUUGAAGGAAGCCUUGCAAAAGCUGGGUUCCAUUCCAUCCAGCAGAACUCUGGCAGUUGAGGUGUUGUGGACUCCUCAGAAUGAAAAUGAUACACUGUCAGAGCGGGAACUUCUUGAAGAUUACCCACUUUUGAGGCCUCUGUAAGAGUCAAUAAUCAGUUUAACCUUGUAUUAGUUUGUGAAGUAGGCAAACUUUAGUGUGUUUACUGUUUAGAAUCCUCAUGUCAUAAAAAAAAUAAAAUGUCUUGGUAUAUGGCAAAAUACAUGUACAUUUUGAUAUAUGGCAAACUACAUGUACAUUUUUGGCUUUCAUUAAUUGUAAAGAAAUGUCUAUAAUAUGAGGUAAUUUUAUUCC